CUCUGCUCCAACUCAGAUGCGUGCACGCAUCAUCAUCCUCCUUCUGCAGGCGGCCCUCCUGCAAUUUGUCUCCGCCGAGACACAAGCCCCGUUCCGCAUCGGAGCACUCGAGCAGAACCGGUGGAGGCUGGACCACGUGCCCCACCUCAACGACACAUCCAAUUUCAUCUUCGAGACGGUCAAUUCUCUGCUGCAGCAUUGGCCGAACACGCGCUAUCGCAAUGGCCACACGAUAGUGCCUGGAACCAUUCCCGUCGGGACGCUUCUAUACCACGGCCGGCGCUUUCCAGACGUGCCCAAAUAUCCCGACUGGACAUCGCUCGACCCCGAACACUCUUACCACUUCUGCGGCAGCGACUUUCCGCAGCCCAGAGACUCGGAAGAAGAGGAAUACCGUGAAGCUCAGACCGGGUGCUGGCAUCUGACGUUUUCCGCGACGCGGCCGCUGCGCGUCUUGUAUUUCGACGGCUCCAGCGCGGCAAAUAUGAUCACGGGCACCCUGGACUCGCAGGAUCUACUCAUCUGGGGUGACGCGGACCCCAAACGGUGGUUGGAUGAGGGACAGAGGAUCUCUGGGCUUUGUAAAUGGGGCAAGGAAUUCGGCAUCGACGGAUUUGUCAGAAUGGAGAUGGAUUUCGAAGUCAUGGUCUGCGAUUUCGAAAACGGCUUGAAGCUCGAUUCAGCUGAUUUCCUUGCUUCGUGGUACCCACGCUGGGAGCCUCCGAUUUCCUCUGCGCACAGGUCCGACGUGAUCGAGUCUCGCAUCCAUGAUGAUGCAGACCCCCUCAUCGUGCGGCAGAUCCUCGGCGCAGAAGUCCUGCGCGCUGGAAUGUGGCACAACCGAUACCCAGGCGACAUCCGCAUCCAGCUCGAUCUGUCUCGCGCCGUGUCGUUCUACGACAUCGACCUCGUCCCCUCCUUGGUCGCGCACAGACUCGCAUCGCAAGACAGAUUCGAGCACCGGCUGAUCAACAUCUCCGCCGCCGAUCUACACGCCGUAAACCUCCGACUCCGGUCGGUGCUAGCAGAGCCACCAGCUCCAAGCGCGAGCGGCGUCGACUGGAAGGCUCUUUUCCAUGUCCCUGUCGCGCGGUACUCCGAUCGGCUUGAGCUGGUGUCGCAUCUGCUGCAGAGCAGGGCCGAGGAGGCUCUCAUACAUGUCCAGCUGCGCGUGAUGCUCACACCGUACAUCCUGCACUCGGCUGUUCCCGACGGCGCGCACGACGGCGACGCAUGGGCGGUCCCGAUUUGGAAGAAAUGCGCCACCCGCCACAGCGAUCCGAUCCGUCAGCGGGAGGAUAGCCUCACACCUUCUGAGAGGACGCUCCUCGCGGCGCUCGAGGGCGUCAACCGCGAGAUUUGCCGCGUUGUCGUCGGGAUGUGGGCUCUCGGUGUCCACGCUGGACUCGAUCCAUUGAUUCCUGGCGACCCUGGCGCGGAUUCCAUAAAUCUGGUGGACUCCUGGCGCGCGUCUUUGCAGAAUCUCAUGUCCUGGCUCGACUGGAGCGUGUGGAUCAAAUGCCGGCCCGCGUGUGGCGCAGAGGAGCUGUGCUACUUGUCGACUUGGCCGUACUUCUGGAGCGGCUUGGAAGAGGGAUCCAAACCGCCGCCGCCCGAUGCGCCAUAUCUUCGCCCACAACCGAAGUGCAUUCGGGUCGUGCAGCCCUACUCCUCAUUUUCUUGAACCCUCAUCAUCUCCAGCGUAGACGAUCCAGUGCCCGUAUCACAUACAUGCAUAGAACAUCACUAGAUAGAUGCGCCGAGUCUCUUCACCUGUGACAUCCUGCCCCCUUGAUCCGUUACGCGUCCAUUCGGCCUGUCUCGACGGACAGCAUGCACGGACCGUGCUUGUCAUCCAAGUACGACUUUGGCAGAUUGAGA